GUCAAUAUUGAUAAACUUGUUUCAGACGACUCUUUCCAAGAGACAAACGCUCCUAGUCAUCUACUUUACAUGAUAUGAAUUAUAUGAAUUACUUGAAAUCUAUUUCAUAUAUAUUGUGGCAACGAGAAAUGAUCCCUUUGUUAUAAGCCUGGCUCUAAAGAAAUAUCCGACCCCUUAUUCUCCUUUACUCAUCCGCAGCUGAGAUCGUUAAUUACUAAUCCUAGUUGGAGAGAACGACGAAGUCUAGGUUCUCUUUAUCCUCUUAGAGAUACGAGUCGCCUAAAGCUACCCCAUCAGAACAAACUUAUGUGAUCAACGGACUCUAGCCUUCGCCACAAAAUUUUACAAACGGUAUGAAACCUAUGUUGUUGUAUGCCUGACGUAAUUCCAGUUAAUAUGAAUGACCCCUUUGAUUUAGAGGUCCGCGCCUCUUCUUUAACCAACAAAAAGGAUAAGACACAAAAAAGCUUUGUGGUCUUGAUCUAUUCAUAGAAAAAUGCUCUUAAGGAAAGCCCCGCCGCGGGAUGUUGGCCAUAGUUCUCGGCCGAACAACGUACUUUGCAAAUUUCAGACGGCUUUUCAGAGGAACGAUCGAAAUUUGAUGUUCAAGCCAUAACUUGCAUUCAAUAUCUCCUCAUAACUAUAGCAGAUCCAAUGACAAGCGAUGUAAACAUUUCGAGGCGUCCGAGUCUCGAGCCCCUCUGGACUAACUACCGUAACCAUGACAGUUUGCCCGAUACGGUCUUCCGGCCAACCCCUAUUAGCGUUAGCAUGUCUCAGCCGCCGCUAUCUCCCAAGAGCCUCCCAGGUCCCAGUCCGGUUCACCCUGCUUCGUACGAUAAAUCAAUGCGAAAGCAAGACCGAGCUCUUGUCGAUAGUUUCGAUCAGCGAACACGACAUGUUGUCGGCUCGGCACCUUUAACCCCAAUCGAUGAGUACUCGCCAUCGCCCUUGGUUGCAAGGCUCGAAAAGAUCAGCAUUCUACCGCCAAUGAGCGUGCCUCAUGGUUUACCAACACCUGCCUCACCGAGCCUUCCUCGAAGAGACAGCCUGGGCGCAGUAGAACGAUCUGAUUCUAUGGGUGGUGUAUCUGGGUCUCGAGAUAGAAGCCCUUACUAUUAUACUCGCGACGAAUUGCCGAUAUCUCCACGAAUAGACUCGGUUUCAGGGAUCCAUGACCAACUUCGAAGUUGGGGUCACGUUUACUACGGCAAUGCGAAAACGGCUGAUGCAUUCAUCAUUGCUAGAUCUCUACGUCGCCGCAGCAGCGAUUCCCUAACGGAUAUUGCGAGACCAGAGCUCGUGAAAGCGACAGCGAGUGCCCCAAUGAAAAAUAGAUUAACAGUUCGUGCCAUCGUUCGACCUCGAGCUCUAGAUAGACCAUCGUUUUUGAUUCAGCGCAAUUUUGAUAUAGACGAGCUGAGAGCGACAACACCGGACCCAACGCCAAAGCCUCAAGUCAGAAGCCCGAAUGAAUGGCGUCGUCCUAGCCUCCCGUCGAUAUCAUCUCGGAGUGGCACCCCAUCCCCGAGGUCAAGACGUUCUAGUAGUGUCCGGUCGGGAGCGUUGCUACGAUCAAGUACCAACAGCCUAGACCUCGAUAGCUUAAUAAGAGACGCAAAAGCAGUGCCUAUCCAUCUCAAGUAUGUUCGCGUAUACCUACCUGUCAUUGCGGCCUUAUUAGUAUCUGGUCAUGUCCACGAGGGAGACAUCAUUUACUUACCGAUGCCGCAUGCCGAGUCAUGGCCGCAGACGGCCCAGUACGUGUACACAGGACAGGGAGAGCUGACGAAGGCGAUUAGAGAGAAUAUAUUGUAUCUAGCUGGUAAGGUGUAAUUAGGUAUCUGUUGGCAAUUAUUCUAUGUAUACAGUAUCUCCUUCUUGUCUCUACUUGGAUGGAAAAUAGUUUAAAAGUAGCAGUGUACCUACUAGGUAGGUAUGUUUGUAAGUACGUAGAAAGACUUACGAUUAGGCUAGGCAGGCUGCUAUUGACAAAGAAACAUGGAGAAUCGGCUCACAAUAUGUACG